AUGGCCCCCAACUGGCUAUUUGAACGUCAUUUUGACAACUCUUUGACUGGACUACUUCAUGAUUGGUGGGAGCGAUCGCUAUUCUCAAUUCUCUCACCAACUGCCCAUGGCUCAAGGGGACAGCCCCCGCUCACCCAGCCAGCAGGACCUUUAGCACCCUCCCUAGCUGCCGACUUACACUUAUCCGAGAGUCCAGUCAAUUACUUUGCGCGGAAGAACAACAUCUUCAACAUCUACUUCGUGAAGAUCGGAUGGCUAUGGACAACUCUCGCUUUUGCCUCGCUUCUCAUCGCACAACCGGCUUUCCACUACUCCGCCUCGCUUUCUCAGUCACAACAACACGCCCGAUUCCGCCGUAUGAUCCAGGCCAUCACCCGCUACGCACUUGCGACGACAGUAUGGUAUCUGAUGACGCAGUGGUUCUUUGGCCCGGCUAUCAUUGAUCGCAGCUUCGUCGUCACGGGCGGAAAAUGCCAGGAGAUUAUGAAACAGGCCGGAGAGGCGAGCUCAGAUUUGAGUCCCUCUGUUCAGCUGGAAACGUUGUUUUCGGCUGCUGCCUGUAAAGCCGCGGGUGGGUUAUGGGGAGGUGGCCAUGACAUCAGUGGUCAUGUCUUCAUGCUGGUUUUGACUACAUCACUCCUCGCCUUCGAGGCCAUUGGCGUUGGAGCCUUCUCGUUCGGUUCGCGCGUGGAUGGAGAUGGUUCGCGCGAGCGGAAAGGGAGCGAUCCAAAAGAUAUCCGAACCAGCGAGCAAGAUGAUGGCUCUUCGCUAGUAAGGACGUGGUCGCUGCGCUUCGUUUGGGGAGUGGUGGGCUUGGGUUGGUGGAUGCUUUUCAUGACCGCCAUCUGGUUCCAUACGUGGUUGGAGAAGUGGUCUGGCUUGUUUGUUGCCUUGAGCACUGUAUAUGUCAUUUACAUCCUCCCGAGGACAUUAGCUCCUUGGAGAAACAUUGUCGGUAUACCAGGGGCGUAA